AUGGGAAUCUCUGGUGUAAAAGGUGAAGAAGGAAAAAUGGGUCCACCUGGGCCUAAUGGAGAAUGUGGGGAUCUGGGAAUAAAAGGUGAAAGAGGGCCUCCAGGAGACAGCGGCUGCAUUAACAUGCGUCUUGAGAAAGGACAAAAGGGGGAACCAGGGUUUCCUGGUGAGAAUGGAUUUAGAGGUGAAAGAGGUGAAAAAGGCAAUACUGGUUUCAGAGGCACCUCAGGAUUUCCAGGGAAGAAUGGUGUCCCAGGACUGCCAGGUGACCAUGGUGACACUGGACUGAUGGGGUUUCCAGGAUCACAGGGUUUCCCAGGACCAAAGGGCUUUAAAGGAAUUACAGGUUUUCAAGGACAACCAGGUGACCAGGGUGACGUUGGCUUACCAGGAAUCCCUGGAAGUCCAGGGCUGACUGGCCCAAAAGGAUCUAAAGGCAAGAGAGGUGACCCAACUCCUCUGCUUGGCACACAUGGUCGAAAAGGACCUCCCGGAGAUCCAGGAUUACCAGGACUCUGUGGAUUCCCAGGAGAAAAGGGUUCACCAGGUAUCCAAGGGCAACCUGGAAGACCGGGAUCUAAGGGUGACCCUGGGUACCCAGGAAUACCUGGAUUUCCAGGAGCUACAGGUCCUCAGGGAUUACCAGGAGAACCUGGAGAAGAAGGGAAACAUGGAAUUUUGGGGCCUCCAGGAUUACAAGGAUUAGCUGGAUCCCAAGGCAGAAAAGGUCUUCCUGGACUGCCCGGACUGGAUGGCUUGGAUGGACUAAAAGGCCAAAAAGGUUCUGCAGGAGCACCAGGUCAAAGUGAAACAGGGCCCCCAGGAUACUCAGGAGAACUUGGACCAAAAGGAGACAGAGGUGAACCUGGAUGGCCUGGUAUUUCUAUUCCAGGCCCCCCUGGAGAAAGGGGUUUCCCAGGAUUUCCAGGUAGAAGAGGACCUGUUGGAUCCACUGGACCUAUGGGAAGAUCUCCUGAUAGUGCUUCUCCUGGUCCUCCCGGUGAUCAAGGACCACCUGGUUUAGAUGGCAUCAGAGGUCAGCCUGGGAAUCUUGGUCCUCCUGGAGAGACUAUCUUUGUGCGAGGAGAUCCAGGUGAUAUUGGCAUUCGAGGGGCACCAGGUAAUCCUGGGCAGCGAGGGCAACAAGGAGCCAGAGGUCUUCCAGGGAACCAAGGAAGAGGAGGCCCAAAGGGUCCUAUGGGAAUCCAUGGCCCACAGGGUCCACCUGGUGCUAUAGGACAACCAGGAGACCGAGGUUUUCGAGGAAAACCUGGUCCCAGAGGUCCCACAGGUGACCCUGGUGAACCAGGAAAAAUAGAUGAUUCAUGCCCUGCAAUCCCAGGGCCUCCUGGGGAAGCAGGGCAAAGAGGAGAUGAUGGCUCUGUAGGAUUACCAGGGCCAAUAGGCCACCCUGGACCCCAAGGAAGAAAAGGUGAAGAAGGGUCAUGUGGCCUGCCAGGUCAAGAUGGCUUACCUGGAGCACCUGGACCACCAGGUGACCAAGGGACUAUAGGAGAGCAAGGAUACGCCGGGCCACAAGGUCCACCUGGCCAGACUGGUAUCCCGGGACCACCAGGCCCCCAUAUUAGAUCUGCAAGUGGAUUCUUGCUUGUCCUUCACAGUCAGUCAGACAGAGAACCACUCUGUCCACACGGGAUGCCAAAAUUAUGGACUGGCUAUAGUCUGUUGUACCUGGAAGGACAAGAGAAAGCUCAUAAUCAGGAUCUUGGUCUGGCAGGAUCUUGUCUUCCUGUGUUUAACACUAUGCCAUUUGCUUACUGUAAUAUCAACCAAGUUUGUUACUAUGCCAGUCGAAAUGAUAAGUCUUACUGGUUGUCAAGUGCUGCGCCUUUACCAAUGACGCCACUCUCUGAAGAAGAAAUACAACCCUAUAUAAGCAGAUGUGCUGUAUGUGAGGCCCCGGCCCAAGCAGUAGCAGUUCACAGCCAAGAUCAGUCAAUUCCUCCCUGCCCAGCGAACUGGAGAAGUCUUUGGAUAGGAUAUUCUUUUUUGAUGCACACUGGAUCUGGUGAUCAGGGUGGUGGACAGUCCCUUAUGUCAACUGGAAGUUGCCUAGAAGACUUCAGAUCAGCACCAUUCAUUGAAUGCCAGGGUCAGCGGGGAACAUGUCAAUUUUUUGCUAAUGAAUACAGUUUCUGGCUAACAACCGUGAUGCCCGAAUUGCAGUUUGCAUCAGCCCCCCUGUCAGGAACUCUUAAAGAAGGACAAGAGCAGAGGAAAAAAAUCAGUAGGUGCCAGACAGCAUCCCACAUGCAGGCAAGACUAGCCUUCCGGUUUGAAGUAAAAACCAACAUCUCAACUCUGCAAGGUGCCAAGCAGCUUCGGAGCUUACUCCUGUGA